AUGGCCCUCCAGCCCGGCAGCGCCAGCUCGGCAUCCGGCCCACCCCGCCGCACAAAGAACACCAUGGCCGAGCUCCGUCUCCGUCGCCUCCAGGAGCACAACCUGCGCCUCAAGGAGGACCUCGCCCGCCCCAGGAUUCGCGUCAGCGAGGCCAGCAUGUCGCUCAUCUCGUACUGCACCCAGACCCGCGACCCACUCCUCCCGUCCCUCUGGGGCGAGCUCAGGAAGGGCGAGGACCCGUACGCGCCCCCCGAGGCUGGCUGCUGCCUUGUCAUGUAA